UCAAGGCUACCGGAAGUUAGGCGUUUGACGCGUGAUUGGAAAAUCUCUGGUUUUUACUUGCAGACGCACGUGACGACGGUGGACUGCAGUGCAAACUUGUCUUAAAUUGACUCUUUAGCAUUUGUUUAGUCUUAGCUAAUUGUAAUUUGUAGAAAGCCAACUCAGCACUGACAGCAGUCAUUGUGUUUAUAGCUCCAUGAUGCUCAACAUGCAUUAUCAGUAUCUUCGGUAUCUGCCAGUGCCAAUUUACUUAAGUCAUGUUCUAUUUGUGUGUGGGAUGCUGCAGUUAUGUGGUGCAGACAGGGGCUCAAAGUUUUCCCAAGGACCUGAUACUUUUAAUUCUGCAGGAAUGUUUUCCAGAAUAGAUCAGGAGUUCUUGGAAGGGUGAAAUGUGUAUUCUCCGUGAAGAUCAUGCAGAAGCUGCAGAGUUCACUUAUGACCAUGUUGAUGACAGUGGACAUUCCUGCAAAUGCGAUCUGUGUCCUCGCGGCAAGAUUCUCCAUCGGGCUUGCGUGUGUGAUCCAAACUCAUCGGGGUACUUAGAACCCUCAGAUUGCAGACUUGUGAAUGUAGGUGAACAAAUGAUGCCUGACAGAAACAACUGCACCAAGGGCUUUGACUGCCGGAAAUGUAAUCAUCCAUGGGUAGUGGAAGUACAGUGUGGGUUACAUGGAACUGACACAGUAUGUAGAUGUGCAGACGGCUAUUACAGGGCAUCAGAAGAACAGUGUAAACCCGACCCUCGAUGUAAUAAGGGUUUUGAGCCUAUUAUUACUGAAGAUGGCGGCGGAUUCUCUGAAAGAAGUUGUGAGCAAUGCCGGCCGGGUUAUUAUCAACCCAACCAAAACAGCACAGACAAGUGCAGACCUCACACAAACUGCACUAAAUGGGCUGGCACCAACCAGGCAGAUGCCCAGUGUUUGAAUGGCCCUUCUACUGGGGGAGAUCCAUCAGAAGAAUCCAAGCCUAGUGAUGUGUUGAAUGGAACCUAUGUCACAGGAAAUGCCACAGGACCAACAGUGCAUCCUAUGGAUGAAUGGAAACUAUUCUUCCGGCGUGGCCUGAUGAUUGGCAUUGCAGUUGGAGUUGUCGUUACACUUAUCGGUUUCUUGUGUGCUCACCUGUUAAGUAACUUGGCCUGGUAUAAAGAACAUUUUGGUACUGAAAACCAACGUGGUGAUGACAAUGCCGAUAAUGAGAAUGCAGCACUUGUGGAGAGAGGCCUACGUGGCAAUAAUGCAGUUGACCAAUGCAGCAGGGAUGGCAGCCCUCACGUGCUCCAGGUGAACCCGGAUGACCACAGUGCUCGAAAAGCAAGUGAAGCUUCUUUACAUGGCGGCAAAAGUAUGGAUAACAUAAACGAAGAUAAUGAGAGUGCAGCACUUGUGGAGAUGGACAAUGACACGAAUGAGGCAGUUGACCGAUGCAGCAGGAAUGGCAGCCCUCACGUGCUCCAGAUGAACCCGGAUGACCACAGUGCUCGGAAAGCAAAACAAGAACAAGGCCCAAAAAGGCAGAGAAGCCCAAGUAGUAGCAGUAAGAACUCUGGGUCUUCAGAGGAUCAGUUGUCUUUAAUUUCUGCAAAUAAAUAUCCUAGACUGUUUGCUGCCCCCCACCCAUAAAAUAUGUGGACCGGUAGCUAGCUCCCACCUAAAGCCAUUGAUUGGAUCACCUCUGCUCGGGCUCGCGCACAUCAUGAUUGUUUAUUUUUGAAUCGCUGCUUAGCUUUGUGCAUGGACGGUGAUUGAACUCACGAUUAUCAAAAAACUCGCUCUUGUCUUACCAAAAAAAGUACACAGUGUCUCCAUGUGUCUCCAUGAGGGCAAAUUUCAAGCAUUUCAACUGCAUAGGUUUUAAAUACUGACCAGUAAUUUCGUUCUCUUUAUUGCUAUUGCAAAGACACUUUCCAAUUCAGCAAAAAUCGAGGCUCAUCACCUCGGAAAUUGCACAUUUUAUGGCGCAACCUAUUCCCAUUUUGCAAUAGGCUGGUUGUGCGCAACCAUAACCGUUGUGAUUUUGAAUUCAAGAGGCGAGAUUCAGACACGUCAUGCAUAAUUGCAUAUAUAAUUUACAUGCAUCAGGAGAAAUGCCUCCUGAUGUAGUCCGGUUCUCUGCUAGCUACCUGUCCCCAUAUUUGAAGUCCGAAUGACAAUGGGGACAGGGAACCAGACUAAGUGAUGUCCUUUCUUCACUGCCGAGUGAUGAUUUUCUAUGCCAUUCACAUCAGAGAUCUUCUAAUCUGAGUGUGAUAACUCAAUGUUUGCGACUUUAGGUUAUUUCUUUUUGGUUCCUUUGGUACUUGUGAACCUGUUAUUUGUUAAUCCAUCAUCUCAUCAUGAGUUUUUUUCAGAAAAAUUAGGGUUUUGAGGAAUGUGCAAUUAUUAAUCAAGCUACUUAGUAUCAGAGUAUUCAUAUACAUGUAUAUUUGUAUUCAUGUAAUUUAAUUUCAAUAGGCCGGGUUUUUUGAGUGAAUAAGGGUGCUGUGAUGACACAAUUUCAGGGUUACAAACACAAAUAUCGCCUUUAAAAGUAUCAACAUUUUCAGACGAGGUAACUUUUUGUUAACCAAAAAAAACGCACAUUACUAAACUUGAACCAUGUCUGUUUGUACCCCCCCCCCCCAUUUUUUUUUAUUGGUGUCACGUACAGCGUAGCCAUUCAUUCAAACAUAAUGGGCUAUUAACAAAAUAUGAAACCAAAGGCAUUUUAUAUUGAACCACAUGUGCUCAGUGAUUUGGUGUAUAAAGCAAAGUCCAAGUUAUUAUUUAAAAUGGAGCCAUUUGUAUUGACAUUUACAUUUGAAGUUGUUCAUGUAGGUAUGUUCAUGACUUUAUGUAGGUAAGAUUAUUUAUAGCUUCAACCACCUCAUUCCUUAUCCACAUGUUUAAAAGGCAUGCGUUUCCCUUCUGCCCUAUACCUAGCUGCCCCCUUCCCCCUCCCGUUGUUAAGCCACUGCUUAUGCCAUAUUUAAAAGCUCAACGCCCCUUUGCCUGAUUUCUUUAUCCGACUUUGUGCAAAUGUUUAUAUUUCUGCCGAAGUGCAAUAGUAUAAUAGUCAAAAAUAGUAUAAUAGUAUAAUAGUAAAAAAAAAGAAGUUUAUUAUUUUAUGUAUGAGGAGUCAUGGUAUGAAAAGGUGCUUAAUGCAUUUUUGAAAAAGUGACCAAAUGAAAAAGUGUACUUAAUGUGGCUGCUGCUGAUCAGCAAAAGUACAGUGGAACGUCGCUAUACUGAACACCGCUAUACCGAACAUUCGGUUAUACCGAACAUCCUCCUUGGCUCCCGGUUUUAAUGUACAAAACGUACCGAACAUCGUUGUUGAAAAAAGUCAACAGAUUAACAAAACAACCUACUGGUUGUACAUGUAUUAAACACUGUUUGGGCCACUUUUAAUUCCUGACCAUCAAACCACCCAUGGUUACAUCGUGUUUGAAUGUUGAAGAGUGAUAUAUGGCUAUUAUUUCCCCAAGGAAUAAAAGGGAAAACCACCCGUUCAUGCCGUUGCUAAAGUUUUUGCUUGACCACUCCACGUGAUGCGGCAGGAUGUGAGAAAUGCCAGUUUAUUGGUCAAAAGAGGGUUGGGUUAGGGUAAUGAUCGUUAUUAUGAACACUUUCUGUGGAUCCCACGAUGUUUGUUAUUGCGGCGUUCCACUGUAUAAUAGUCAACUUCAGCAUGGCUAGUAGUGUUGCAAAAGGAAGUUUUUUUUCAUUUUAUGUAUGAGGAGUCAUCGUAUGAAAAGGUGCUUAAUGCAUUUUUGAAAAAGUGACCCUUGUCAUUUUUUAUUUAUACCCGUCACACAAAAUACUUCUAUAAAUGUACUUAAUGUGGCUGCUGCUGAUCAGAAAUAGUAUUACAGUCAAAUUUCUGCAUGACUAGCAGGGUUGCCAAAGGAAGAUUUUUUAUUCAUGCUAUGUCAAGGUGCCUCAUUUUUUUUGUUUAAAAAGUGUCCAUCCUUUUUUUACAUACCAAUGACAAUUAAUGCUUGUGAUUUUGUGUAAAUGUACUUAAUGUGGCUUAACUUUUAUAAGAUGAGAUUAAGGUGGCUUAACUUAUUGAAAGAUUAAUUUUUUUUGUAAUAUUAUUUGCUUUCAUGUUCAUGUUCUAAAGUAAGAUGCAAGAUUUUUCUCAACGUUACAUUACUUAGUUACAGUAAUAUUUUAAAUGAAAAGCAGAAGAAGAAAAAGAAACCAAUUGAGCCAAAACGGUGAGUGAACAAUUGGUGAAUGCAUUGUGAUAUAAAGCCGGACUGCCUUUUGGUAAAAGUGGCAUAGUAAACCUUUUUGUAAUGAUUCAUUUUCGAAAUCAAACGCUGCAUCAACACUUGGCAAAUGCUGCCCACAGAAAUUACUACAAUUAAUUAGACAAAUACAGUGUUUCUCACAACAAACAUGUUGUUUAUUAAGCCACUUCCUUAGCAUUUAUGUCAAGAAACAUUGUAAAUGGUAAAUACUGUAAUUUUAGGAAUAUAGCCCGCACAGAGUAUAAGCCGCAGCACGAAAAAAUCUGCAAAUAAAAUUUGACGUCUGCAUAUUAGCCGCACAGACGAAUAAGCCGCACCAACGGCGGUUUCAAUUUUGUAAGGCCUCCAAAUUCUAAAGUAAAAAGAGCUCUGGACCAGUCCAUUUGCACUACGAAAGCUAUAAAGAGGGCCACAAAAGUUAUAUCAAAACAUUUACGUUCCAUACUCGUUAAAAAAAAUAUGGAAAUUGACGAUGAAAAAUAAACACCGGGAAUUGCUGCCGGCUGGCCCGGCCGGUCCCCGGCCCACUGUUUGUUAAUGAUUUUCUGGUACCUCAAGUCUGGUAACGAUUGAUGAUUCAUUUCAGCAACAGAUGUUUUUCUUAUACCAGUGCAUUAAAUACACAUUUAAAUCUUAUUUUUAUUCU